CCUGUGUAUAAUACUCUAUUAGACAGUGCAGGAGGAGGAGGACGGGCGGUAACUGAAGCACGAAUGGGUUUAGUUUAAUUCAGUUCAUCCAGAUCAGGCGCGGCUUUCCCCGGAACUGAGGCGAGACAAGGUGACUCCAGAUGCAGUUUUGUCACGUCAGCCUGCUUAUCAUUCCUGUAACAAUAAAAGCACUUUCAAGGCAGAUGACAAAGUGAACCCAUAUCUAGUCUAGACUAGCUUGCAGAGAGGUGAAGAAAGGCCAAAGGCAAUAGCACUAGAUUGUUUGACCUGGUCUCUGGACAUUUAACGAAAGCCAUUUUUCUGACAUAUCCUCUAUUUUUCCAUUAGAAGACAACCUUGUGAAUGUAUAGAGCACUUUACUGAGAGCAUUUCUACCUCGGUUUGGACACAAGUCUUAAAUACGUUUUUAUUUUGAUACAGGGUAAAAAUUGACAAUAUCUAUCUCGAACAUCCUCCAACACUGUUGACGCAAUUAUCAGCUAGUUCGUACCUCUUUUCACACCAGCCAAAUUCUAAGCUCAGUGUUUUAUAGCUAUUUAAAGCUAGUCCCAAAAACUGUCACAUUAAGGCUGUAGCGUCCAACCAUCAAUAAGGAUCAUAUCCAGAAGCCUCUUUCAGCCUCGUUCAAUGGAGACGCUCCGGCCCGGACACUGUCCCACUCAUACCGCUAGCUGAGAGUGGACGAGUCGUCCCAGUGGUCACCCUGGCGGAAUCCCAGCAGAUCCGGGAGGCCAUGGCGUCCUCGGUGCGCUUCACAGUCACGCCUACCAAAGCCGAGGACAUCCCAGGCCUCUCCGACACGUCUCCGGACCUCAGCCUGCGCUCCAGCGCCCGGGUGCGCUUCGGUUCUCGUGAGAGCGUCAACCGCAGCGAGCCGCCCAGCGAGGUUUCCGGCGCAGCGAGUAUCACAGCCGGGUUAGAUACACCAGACCGCAGCCACUCCGAACAUGGUGAUGGCAAUGCUAAGAUCUCCAAUGUGUAUAUCAAUAACAGUCACACUGUGGAUGAUGAUGAUUUCUAUGACCGAAAUCUGGCUCUGUUUGAGGAAGAAAUGGACACUCGCCCAAAGGUCUCCUCUCUUCUCUCUCGUCUGGCCAACUACACCAACCUCACACAGGGGGCUCGGGAGCACGAGGAGGCGGAGAGCAUCGGAGAAAAACGCAAAGCCAGCAAGUCUCCUCAGAUGGGCACGUUUAUGGGUGUGUAUCUGCCAUGCCUGCAGAACAUCUUCGGUGUCAUCCUCUUCCUCAGGCUCACCUGGGUCGUCGGCACUGCUGGAAUUUUACAGGCACUGUGUAUCGUAUUUAUCUGCUGCUGCUGUACCAUGCUGACUGCUAUUUCAAUGAGUGCUAUAGCCACUAAUGGAGUGGUACCAGCUGGGGGCUCGUAUUUUAUGAUCUCUCGCUCACUGGGCCCAGAGUUUGGGGGUGCGGUGGGCUUGUGUUUUUAUCUGGGGACCACCUUCGCUGGGUCCAUGUACAUCCUCGGAGCCAUUGAGAUCCUGCUGAUGUAUAUCGCUCCAAGUGCCGCCAUCUUUGUCUCCCACCAGCCCGAGGGCGAGGCGGCGGCCAUGUUGAACAACAUGCGGGUCUACGGCUCUAUUUUCCUGCUGCUGAUGUCUCUCCUGGUCUUUGUUGGGGUGAAAUACGUGAACAAGCUCGCGUCUGUCUUUUUGGCUUGCGUCAUCGUCUCCAUCCUCUCCAUCUACACCGGUGCUCUGGUGUCCGCCUUCAGCUCGCCUUCCUUCCCGGUGUGUAUGCUGGGGAACCGGAGUCUUUCCCAGCAUGAACUGCGAGACGGUCAUUGUGCCAAGACGGUCCUGGUGCUGCGGGAACCUCCAGUGCAGGAAGUAACUUACGUAAACAUCAGCUCAAGCUUUAACAGCACAGUGUCUCCACCUCCGCCGACGCUGGUGGAGAAGACGACGUCCCUGUGGACUCGUUUCUGUAACUCUUCAGAACUGAACGCUGUGUGUGACGAAUACUUCACUCACAACAACGUCACACAAAUCCAGGGCAUCCCGGGACUCGCCAGUGGAGUAAUUACAGAUAACGUGUGGAGUUCUUACCUCAGUAAAGGGGAGAUUCUGGAGCGAGGUUCCGACCCCACCCCCAGCCCCAUCCACCCUAAUCACCAUCAUCCCUACGUCUUCGCUGACAUCACUACCUCCUUCACGCUGCUUGUGGGAAUCUUCUUCCCAUCGGUCACAGGGAUCAUGGCGGGCUCUAACCGGUCAGGUGAUCUGAAGGAUGCCCAGCGCUCUAUUCCUAUUGGGACUAUUCUCGCCAUUCUUACCACUUCCCUCGUCUAUCUGAGCAGUGUGGUCCUGUUUGGAGCCUGUGUGGAGGGAGUGCUGCUCCGAGACAAGUUUGGAGACUCUGUGAAGGGGAACUUGGUGGUGGGCACGCUGUCCUGGCCCUCCCCCUGGGUGAUUGUGAUUGGCUCGUUCUUCUCAACGUGCGGCGCUGGCCUCCAGUCUCUGACCGGCGCUCCGCGGCUCCUGCAGGCCAUCGCUAAAGACAACAUCAUCCCUUUCCUGAGGGUGUUUGGUCAUGGUAAGGCUAAUGGAGAACCUACUUGGGCUCUGCUUCUCACCACCUUCAUCGCUGAGCUGGGCAUCCUCAUCGCCUCCCUGGACCUGGUCGCCCCCAUUCUCUCCAUGUUUUUCCUCAUGUGUUAUCUGUUUGUGAACCUGGCCUGUGCGCUUCAGACACUGCUGAGAACCCCCAACUGGAGACCCCGGUUCUCCUACUACCACUGGACUCUGUCGUUUCUGGGAAUGAUAAUUUGCCUGGCCUUGAUGUUCAUUUCAUCAUGGUACUAUGCAAUCGUUGCCAUGGCCAUUGCGACUAUGAUCUAUAAGUAUAUAGAAUAUCACGGAGCGGAGAAGGAGUGGGGAGAUGGUAUCAGGGGUCUGUCUCUCAGUGCAGCUCGAUAUGCUUUGCUUAGACUGGAGGAGGGGCCACCACACACCAAGAACUGGAGGCCUCAGCUGCUGGUGUUGCUGAAGCUGGAUGAGGACGCUCAUGUAAAAUCUCCACGCCUGCUGACGUUUGCCUCUCAGCUGAAGGCUGGGAAAGGGUUAACCAUCGUGGGAACUGUCCUCUCUGGAAAUUUUCUCCACAGCUAUGGUGACUCCCUCGCUGCAGAGCAGACGCUGAAGCACCUGAUGGAGAAGGAGCGAGUGAAGGGCUUUGUGCAGUGCAUCGUGGCCCAGAAGCCCCGUGAAGGCAUCAGCCACAUGAUCCAGUCCAGCGGUCUGGGCGGGAUGCGGCACAACACUGUGGUGAUGGGAUGGCCGCACGCCUGGAGACAGAGCGAAGAUCCUCAGAGCUGGAAAACCUUCAUCAACACGGUGAGAGUGACCACAGCCGCCCACCUGGCUCUGCUGGUGCCCAAGAACAUCUCUCUGUUCCCCACCAACAGUGAGCCCUGCACGGAGGGCCACAUCGACGUGUGGUGGAUUGUACAUGACGGAGGCAUGCUGAUGCUCCUGCCCUUCCUACUGCGGCAACACAAAGUAUGGCGUAAGUGCAAGAUGCGUAUCUUCACUGUGGCUCAGAUGGAAGAUAACUCCAUUCAGAUGAAGAAGGAUCUGGGCACCUUUCUGUACCACCUGCGUAUAGAAGCUGACGUUGAGGUGGUGGAAAUGCAUGACAGUGAUAUCAGUGCGUAUACGUAUGAAAGAACGCUGAUGAUGGAGCAGCGGUCACAGAUGCUCCGGCAGAUGCGUCUCUCCAAAUCUGACCGAGAGAAAGAGGCUCAGCUGGUGAAGGACAGGAACUCCAUGCUGCGCUUGACCAGUAUUGGCUCUGAUGACGAUGAUGACACGGACGGGGUGGGCGGGUCCGAUAAACUGGGCAUGGCUUCAGAUCACCGGCGUGUCCACAUGACCUGGACUAAAGACAAAGCUCUGGAACUCCGCGCUCAAGCACACAUCCCCUCCGGCUGCAGCACCCCCGAGGGCUUCAGAGACAUGCUCAGCAUGCGGCCGGAUCAUUCCAAUGUGAGGCGGAUGCACACAGCCGUGAAACUGAACGAGGUCAUCGUGAACAAAUCCAACGAGGCUCGGCUGGUCUUGCUCAACAUGCCGGGACCACCAAAGAACCCCGAUGGAGAUGAAAACUACAUGGAGUUUCUGGAGGUUCUAACAGAGGGUCUGGAGCGCGUCCUGUUGGUCCGGGGUGGAGGAAGUGAGGUCAUCACUAUCUACUCCUGAGGACGGCUUGAGCGAAGAAUCGGCUGCAGGGUGGCGGCCAACAGCAUAAACAGGAUAACAAAGGGAAGCGUGACUUUAUGGGUGGGUCACGUAGAACUGAAUGAUUCAUCAUUGGCUGUAUGUGAAAAAGCUCCGCCUGCUUUAUCAAGCCCCUCCCACCGUCAGCUUAUUCGUACAUCAGCCUGUGUUUAUCGCCACACACACUCAUUUGCGAGUUUUCACAGUUUCACUAAUGUUCAGUUUUUGGCGUUCCACAACGGUAUGUGUGUGAAAGAGAGAGUGUGUGUGUGUGUGCGAGAGAAGGUUUUGUAAAGGUGAAAGCUGUGGGAACAUGACAGAUGAGCGCCGCGACCGAUCAGUUGAUCAAUUAAUUAAUAGGGGAAUCAUACACACAAGCACACUCACACUCGUAUUUAUCACACAGUGGGACAGUGAGCGUGUUCCAUGGACUGACUCAGGGUUUGUUCUGGUUGAUGCUGGACCUCAAGUGUGUGUGUGAGGACCGUAUGAAUGAAUGAUGGCUCUGUGUCAUUCUGAUUCUAAUGAAUCCGGUUCUGUUGAAGGAAGGAAGCGGUUCCGUAGCAAUACUGAAGCAGGCGCUGUUGCACAUCCGUCCGCUCAUCUAGAGACCAAUACUUUCCGCAUGCCAUUCUAGAUGUUAAACCUGUCCAGGCUGACAGCAUGCUCGCAUGUGUGGGGAACGUGUGGAAGAAUGAGUGUUGGGGUUCUGUGGAUGUUCUUUAAAGGAAUACUCCAGCUUUAGGUUUUCCCAGGCUAAUCUUGAGGUACGCACAAAAAUAUCAGAAUCAUAUCAGUAUAAAUAUUAGUAUAAUUAUCAGUUUUUGAUAUCUGUGGAAGCCUGUGCUGGUAUAACCCUCCCAGUGCUGGUUACAUUGUGUGAUGAGGUUCUAGAUAGUAGUGGAACUGAUAUCGACUACAUUGGUAAAACAUUUAGGCUUUUUGACCUUUUUGACCUGUAAGCAUCACAUGGUUCCAUAUAGAUCCAUUGACUUUACCAAAGAACCACUGAAGAACCCUUUUUAGGAGUGAAAAUUACUGUGAGUGGGUUUCUUUGACUUUUAUACUUUUAAAUAGCAUUGACCUUUAGUUCUGUGUAGAGGCAUAAAAGUUCAAAGAACCAUUUGGAUGCUUAAAGGACUCUCCACAUUCUUUACACAGCGCCAAAAUGAGUUUCAUAUUUGUAAUCAAUCUUUACAGUCAAAUCUGUACAUAUAGAAUCAUUUAAAAAUGCAAAUGAUCUGUUUAGAGUAAAAGAACCAUAUUAGCAUCAAAAGAGAUGUUUUGGUUCUGUGUCGAACCGCUGAAGAAUAAGAGUAUACAGUGCAUUUAUAGUACUUUAAAAAGGAUCAUUUGCCUUGUACAGUCUUAAAAACAAAGGGUUCUUUAGUAAAGGCUAAAGUUCUGUGUAGAACUGUGACAACUUACAGAACCAUUUGGAUGCUUACAUUGUUCUUUGCCUGGUUAAAGGUAUCCAAGAUUGUUCACAUUGGUCGACAAAAGCAAAUCAAAGAGCUGAGAACCUCACACUAAAAUCCUUCAAACCUUUAAUGCAUAGUGUACUGAUAGUAGAACCAAUAAAGAGAACAAUUUAAGCAUCAAAAGAUGUCUCAAGGUUCCUUGUGGAACCAAUGCCUUUAUCAAAGGACUUUUUUAGGAGUUUUAAGAGUUAUCUAGGACUGAUUCUUUGACUCAUGCAGUCUUACAAACAAGGGUUCUGUAAUUUAAGGGUUCUUUAUUAAAGGCUACUGUUCUGUGUAGAACCAUGACAACUGGGUUCAACAUGGAUGCUUAAAUGUUCUUUGCCUGGAGAGAGAGUCUAUCACAGCUGGUUCUCAAACGCACAAAAAAGAUGUUCAUGAAGUCAUUUUCAGAAUGAAGAGCCUUGUUAUCCACACUAAGAACCUCUAAAGAUCUAAACAUCAAAAGACAUCUUAUGGUUCUAUGUAAAACUGUUGUCUUUACCAAAGAACCACUAAAGAAUCUUUCAAGCGUGUAAUUUUUAAGGUUUCUUUGAAUCUUAUAAACAAGGGUUUUUUAACAUAAGGGUUCUUUAGUAAAGUCUGUAGUUCUAUGAGGAACCCUGACAACUUUAAGAAGAGUUUAGAGGUUUUAAGGGUUCAAGGAUUUUUAGAUGGUUCUAUAAAAACGGUUUUGUUUAGCAACAAAGUGAGUUCUACCCUUCUUAUCAGCAAAUACAUACAAAAAAAAAGCCUUUUUUUAAAGGGGUUUCAGUCGGCAGUGUUUAAAAGCAUUUUUAUUUUAUUUUGUUUUAUUUAGAAUAUUUUAAAUAGUUUUAUUCCAGUUUUAGUGACAGAAUGUUGUUCGGCCAAUCAAAAGCAGUUCUGGGAACAGGCCUGGCUGCUGGUGGAGAUCAGGCUGAGAACCACUGGAGUGUUCCUUUAAGAACCUGAUUUCUGCAGUUCUCGCUUAGCUUUUUUUGUUUUUUUUAUAUUAAGUGACCACUAUGAGCUGUCAGCCUCCGCACUGUAACUCCUGCGCUUCUACAAUGAUUGUAUCUGUGGUCCUGCUGUUUUGCAUUUGUGUUUGAGAUGAGUGUGUGUGUGUGUGUGAGUGCGAGUGUGUGCUUUAGGAAUCCACGUUGAGAGAUGUUGAUUUUUCAUGAAAUGCUUGUCAUAUGGAUUUUUUUAUUUGAAGAGGUCGCUGUUCUCGCCGUCUCUCACAGAUCUUUGCUCGUGUAUCGAUGAAGAAGACCUGAGUUCUGUUUUUAUUUUUUAUUACGUUCAUAUUUUAAAAGAAAGGACUCUUAACAUCUCAGAGCAAACGAAAUAAACUGAUUUUGGACAGAAA